AUGGCGUCGCAGCCCAUGCAACUGCAAACGAUGAACCGCUCGAGCGUCAAGGGCUUCGCGUCGUCGGGCGCGAGCUCCAGCGACUGCGACGAGGAGUUCCAGGAGUGCGCCCUGCUCGUGCACGCCGCCCGGAGCGACGACGACCGGAUCCACUGCGGCCUCAUCGUCGCGGAGAAGCUCCUGUAUAGGCACGGCGACGCGCUGGGCGCCGCGUUCGGCGCGGAAGUCGUGGAGGCCCUGGACCGCCGCCUGAAGCAGCUGGCAUACAACCAGAGCCCGCCCAUCACGCACCGCAGCGGGUCGACCGGCGCGAGCGAGACCGGGGCCGACGCCAAGGUCGCCGUGCUCGCGAAGACGCUCACGGCGCUGAGCGUCGCCUCCGCCGAGGCCCGCGACGCCGCGUUCGCGGCCGGAAUCGAGCCCGUGCUCACGGCGUGCCUCCGCACGGUCGAACGGGACUCCAACCGCCGGAAGCUCGGGACGGCGGUGGCGCGGCUGCUGCACGGCGGCGGGCCGACCGAGGGCACGCGGCGCGACGUCGCGCACGAGGCGGGCCUGGAGGCGGCGCUCGCGGGGGCUCUGCGGAGCGCGACGAGCGACGACAGCCGCGCGGAGGUCGCGCGCGCGGUCGCGUGCCUCCUCGGGGGCGGCGGGAAGACGGAGGGGCAGCGCCGCGACGCGGCGCACGCGGCGGGGAUGGCCCGGGCGAUCGCGGACGCGCUGCGCGCGGCGGCGAGUGACAACGCGCGCGAGGCGCUGGGAGCGGCGGCGUGCAACUUCCUGAGCGCGGGCGGGCAGUCGGACGUCGCGCGGCGCGACGCGGCGUACGAGGCGGGCAUGGUCGAGGCGCUGGGGGCGGCGCUGCGGGCCGCGGAGAACGACGAGUGCCGAUCGGAGGUGGCGCGCGGGGUGGUCAACCUGUUGUCGCACGGGGGCGUGACGAGCGGCGCGCGGCGGGACGCGGCGCACGCGGCGAAGCUCGGGGACGCGCUGGUGGCGGCGCUGCGGGGGGUGGAGUCCGAGAACAGCCGGCUGGCGUACGUGGCGGCCGCCGGGCACGUGCUGGCGGGCGGGGGCGAGACGGAGGUUGCGCGGCGGGACGCGGCGCACGCGGCGGGGAUGGCGGGGGCGAUCGCGGGCGCGCUGCGGGACGCCGAGAGCGACGCGUCGCGCGCCGCGGCCGCCGCGGUGGUGAUCAAUUUGCUGGCGCAGGGGGGAGUGAACGAGGAGGCGCGGCGGGUGGCGGCCAACGAGGCCGGCCUGGGCGCCGCGCUGUCCGCCGCGCUGCAGCAGGCGGACAGCGUGGCGUGCUGCACGCAGCUCAGCUGGGCGAUCGUGACCUUCGUCGGCCCGCGCGGAGACGGCGACGGGGCGCGCCUCGACGCGUUGCACCUGGCGGGCACGGAGGGCGCGCUGGCAGCGGCGCUGGCGGGCGCGCACGACGACGCCGCGAUCCUCGCGACCACGGCGGCGCUCGGGCGCCUGAUGGCGGCGGGCGGGGCCACGGAGCGCGACCGGCGCGACGCGGCACACGUCGUGGAGGUGGAGGGCCUGCUGGCCGAGGCGCUGCGGAGGGCGACGGGGGACGAAGCGAGGAAGGAGAUCGCCGUCGCGCUCGUGAGGCUCUUCGCGAGCGGCGGCGCCGCGGGGGCGUCCCGCCGGGACGCGGCGCACGCGGCGCGGACCGAGGCUGCGCUGGCCAGCGCGCUGCAGCGCUGCACGAGCGACACGUGCGCCGCGGCGCUGUGCCGCGCCACCGCGUGCCUCUUGCUCGGCGGCGGCGGGACCGAGGGGCCGCGCAGGGACGCGGCGCACGCCGCGGGCAUGGAAGCCGCGCUCUCGCGCGCCCUGGCGAACGCGUCGAGCGACGCGACCCUGGCGGCGGCGAGCGCGGCCGUCGCGCGGCUGCUCACCGCCGGGGGCAGCACGACGGGCGCGCGCCGCGACGCUGCGCACGAGGCUGCGAUGGAGGAGAGGUUCGCGCUCGCGCUGCGGGCCGCGAAGGGCGAGGAGGCGAUCACGGAGAUCGGGCUGGGGGUGGCGUGCCUGCUGAGUCAUGGUGGGGAGUCUGAGGGGGCGCGGCGCGACGCGGCGCACGCGGCGGGGAUGGCGGGGGCGCUCACGGCGGCGCUGCGUCGGUACCGUUCGGAUGCGUGCCGGUCGGCGUUGGCGGCGGCGCUGGGACACCUGUUCGCGGGCGGCGGGGAGACGGACGGGGCGCGGCGGGACGCGGCGCACGCGGCGGGGGCGGAGGAGGUGCUCACGGAGGUGAUGCGGGACGCGGAGGGCGACGGGUGCCGUUCGGCGUGCGCGGGGGCAAUAGCGCGGCUGCUGUGCAGCGGGGGGCGCGCGGCGAGGGACCGGCUGGACGCGGCGCACAAGGCCGGCAUGGUCGAGGUUGUCGUCGAGGCGCUGCGGCAGGCGGAGAGCGAGGUCACGCGCUGCGCGGUGGCGUCCGCGCUCGGGCGGCUGCUGCGGUCAGGGGGGGAGUCCACGGGGGACAGACGGGACGAGGCGCACCGGGAGGGCCUGGCGGGCAUCCUGAUCGAGCGCCUGCGCACCGCGACGACCGAGACGGCGCGGACCGAGUACGGCAUGGUCGCCGCGUGCUACCUGGGCGAUGGCGGCACGACCAAGGCCAAACGGCGCGACACGGCGGCGGGCCGCGGCAUGCUCGCCGUCCUCGCGGCGGCGCUGCGGCAAGCCGAGACCGACGACAGCAGGGCGGAGCUCGCCUGGGCGCUCGCGUGCAUGCUGAGCUCAGGAGGCUCGACUGAGUACGAGCGCAAGGAUGAGGCGCACCGUCUGGGCGUGGUGGCCGCGCUGUCCAGCGCGCUGCGGUUCGCGCAGACGGACCGCGCCCGCGCUGCGAUCGGCGCGGCGGUGGGGAACAUGCUGGGCCCGGGGAGCCGCACGGAGUCGGAGCGGCGGGACGCGGCGCACGCGGCGGACCUGGAGACGGCGCUGACGGACGCGCUUGGGGCCGCGGAGAGCGACGGGUGCAGGGAGGCGCUCGGGGCGGCGGCGGCGUACCUGCUGGCGUCGGGCGGGGCGACGGAGGCGGCGCGGCGGGACGCGGCACACACGGCGCAGAUGGAGGCGGUGCUGACGAAGGCGCUCUGGGAGGCGAAGACGGACGGCUGCCGGGUGAACCUCGCGGCGGCGGCUGCGUGCUUGUUGGCGAGCGGGGGUGCGGAGGGCGUGCGGCGGGACGCGGCGCACGUCGCGGGGAUGGAGGCGGCGCUGACGUCGGUGCUGCGGGCGGCGGAGAGCGACGCGUGCCGCGCAGCCGCCGGCGCGGCGAUCGCGGCGCUGCUCUGCACGGGCGGCGCGAUGGAGGGCGACCGCAGGGACGCGGCGCACCGCGCGGGCAUGCAGGCGGCGCUGGUGUGGGCGCUGCGCAACGCACAGAGCGACGACACGCGCGCCAAGCUCGGCGGGGCCGUCGCGCGGCUGCUCACGGCGGGCGGCGACCUCGAGGGCGCGCGCAGGGACGUCGCGCACGACGCGGGCAUGAUGGCGGCGCUCUCCGCGGCGCUCUCCGUCGCCGAGAGCGACGCCAGUCGGUCGAAGCUGGUUGUUGCGGUGGCGUCCCUGCUCGCGGACGGCGGCGAGACCGAGCGCGAUCGGCUGGACGCGGCGCACGACGCCGGCAUGGAGAAGGUCAUCGCGGACGCCCUGCGCGUGGCCGACAACGACGAGCUGCGCGCCAAGGUCGGUUGGGCCGUCGUCAACCUGCUGUCGGGGCACGGGGAGACCGAGUGCGCUCGCAAGGACGCGGCGCACGAGGCGGGGAUGGUGGAGGCGCUCGCGGCUGCGCUGUGGCAGGCGGAGAGCGAGGACAGCCGCGUGAAUGUGGCGGCGGCCUUGGCGUGCGUGCUGUCGGCGGGCGGCGAGACGGAGGGCGCGCGGAGGGACGCGGCGCACGAGGCGGGCAUGGAGGAGACGCUCGCGACGGCGCUGAAGGAGGCGAGGAGCGACGCGAACCGCGCGGCACUCGGCGCAGCCUACGCGCACCUCCUCAGUUCGGGCGGGACCACCGAGGCCGCGCGGCGCGAGGCGGCGCACGCGGUGGGCAUGGAGGCGGUCCUGACGAAGGCGCUGCUCGACGCGAAGAGCGACGACAGCCGCGCGAAGGUGUCUUGGGCGAUCGUGAACCUCCUGUCGGGGGAGCAUGCCACCAAGGCGAUGCGGCAGGACGCGGCGCACGCGGCCGGGAUGGAGGCGGCGAUCGCGGUGGCGUUCCGGGACGCGCGGCGGGACGAGACGGUCGCGGAGCUGGCGUGGGCGGCGGUGAACCUGCUGAGCCCGGGCGGGGCGACGGAGGGGGCGCGGCGAGACGCAGCGCACGCGGCGGGAAUGGAGGCCGAGAUCGCGGCGGCGCUCCGGGACGCCGAGAGCGACGCGAGCCGCGAGAUGCUGUGCUGGGCGGCGGUGAACCUCCUGGCGAAGGGCGGGGAGACCGCGGCGCAGCGGCACGAGGCGGCGACGUGGGCGGGCCUCGAGGAGGCCGUUGCGGAGGCGCUGCAGAACGCCGACAGCGAGUCGAGCAGGUCGAAGAUUGAGUGGGCGGCGGGGUACCUGCUGACGGGCGAGCACGAGGCGAACCCGUUCUUGGCGGCCACGCCCCGGCAGCGGUUCUUCUAG